AUGGCGAGUAAGAGGCUGCUGGCCGAGCUGGGGGCUCCCUCCCCGCCCAGCCCCACGGGGGCUGGAGUCCGCUCCCCGCCUCCCUCCAGCAGGCUCUCUUUCUCGGCCUCCGCAGAGGCCUCGGGGGCAGCCCGCUUCUCCCAGGGCCGCUACCCGCCCACGCUGACCAUGGUCACCGAGGCCGUCGGGGCGCUGAACGAGAGGAAGGGCUCUUCCACCGCCGCCAUCAAGCGCUACAUCCGCCACAACUACCCCGGCGUGGACCCCAUCCGGCUCAAGUACUACCUGCGCAGGGCGCUGCUGAAGGGGCUGGAGAAGGGCUACCUGGUGCGGCCCCUCAACUCCUCCGCCCAGGGCGCCACCGGCAGGUUCAAGGUGAGGGAGCCGCCCCCGCCCCGGACCCGACUUCGGGUCGAAGGGCUGCACUGGCAGGAAGGCUCCGCGGAAGGAGCCGGCCGCCUGCAGGGUCCCACGGUGCCCCUCCCCUUGUUCAGCCUUGGGCCAGGCAGUCGACCCCUGAAGCCCACGGGAGGAGUUGGGGACCGGCUUAUUGCUCUCUGGGCAGACGCCAAGGGCAAGGAGAAAGCCGCCAGCAAGGAAGCCAAGAUGGAGUCUGACUCGGUCCUGGCUGCAGGCCCCACGAAGCCAAAGCCGAAGCCAAAGCCAAAGCCAAAGGAGAAGACGGCAGCCGAAGGAAAGGCUCCCAAGAAGCCAAGGGUCCCCAAGACCGUCCAAGUGAAACUGGCAAAGCCCCCCGCCAAGGUGCCCCCCAAGGGAGAAGCCAAGACGGCCGCCAAGGGCAAAGCUCGGCCCAAGACCGGGCCCCCCAAGACCGGGCCCCCCAAGACCGGCGCUCCCAAGGCGGGAAAGAGGGCAGCGGCCAAAGGCAAGGAGAAGGAAGCCAAGGGGGCGGCAGGCCCAGAGGACACCUGA